AUGGCUGAAUUGGAAAGUUCGUUAACAGCCAUGGACUGGCUUCACCGCCUGAAAGUGGGUGGGGCUAUGGUAGGGGCGACUCUUGGUGGGCCCAACGUGGCCCUGGACCCCCUCUCUCGGUCACCAGGUGGUCAACUAGCGUUGAGAAAGGCCCCCAACUCCCCGCUGGACAUUACGGCUACGUACGAGAGUCAAGGACACCAGAAAGAUGGCAAGCCUCCCUAUAGUUAUGCCAAUCUGAUAACGUUCGCUAUCAACAGUUCCACCAAGAAGAAAAUGACACUCAGUGAAAUCUACCUGUGGAUCUGUGAGAAUUUCCCCUACUACAAAGAAGCUGGCAAUGGAUGGAAGAACUCAAUACGACACAACCUGUCGCUGAACAAGUGUUUCCUCAAAGUGCCUCGCUCCAAAGAUGACCCAGGAAAGGGUUCUUACUGGGCGAUCGAUAACAAUCCACCUGAAGACCCUCUUCCUGCGAGACACAAAAAACGACGUCAUAACGACAGGGCCUCACCAUACAGUCCCGACCUCUCUCCCAGCAUGAUGACCUUGUCAUCGUCGCCACCUCAACAGCUACAACCUGCAGGAACAGGACAGCAACAUAAUCCACAGCCACUUGGGUCCGAAGGUUUAGGUAACACAGACGAUCUGAACGGGUCGUUCCUCACACUGUACAAGUCCGUCUUUGAGAAUUCUACAGGGAAUCUAAAUGCGUUGUUGAACGGCAGUACACCUCAGGGCGUUCCAAAUCUGAACAGUUCGGCGACGGACUGGCUUCAGAAUUUGGACAGCUUAAAAGAAAGCAUGCGACUUAACGGUGGUGACCUGACCAAUAUUGAUAUGUCACAGUUCCAAGGUGAGGUACAAUGUCUGAUGGACACAGUGAAGCAGGGCGACACCAACAACUGGGCCAUCAACUCCGAGCAGUUCGCAGACCUCGCGUCAUCUCUCAACAACUUCUUCAACCGGCAGAAUCAAACACAACACAAGACAGCCGGUCAGUCUACAGGUCAUACAUUUAGCAAUGGUUCGCUCGGACACCCAGACAGAUCAAGGGGAGACAACCCAUUACCCAACAGUCCACAGAUUAGUCCACAUUCACAGAGUGGGUCAGAGAGUUAUUCCUCUGCGCAGACGGUCAUUUCAGGACAUACCGGCGGCGUCUAUCACAACGAGGACAUAGAAGAAGACUUCACAGACUGGGACAAGCUACUGUGAUCCGCCAUCUUGUUUACUCAUCACUUCAUCCAAUCACAGCCUCACAAAUAGGUCACAUGUUCAAACCGUCCAAUUACGCGUCUGUCAUUAUAUCUUUUUAUUGAAUCAUAUUCAUCCCUUGACCAGGGAAUCAUCUAUUCACAAUUUAUUACCACAUAUCAAACCAUUUUAUGUGUUUUUAUUUUAACCGAGCCAUUUGAUAUAAUAAUAACCGUCCAAUCAGAUUACUUAUAUAUAUAUAUAUAUAAUAUAUAUAUAUAUAUGUAUAUGUACUAUGUGUACAUGUGUAUGUUGUUAUUUGAUAUAGAUAGACUUGCAAUGUGUAGGGGGUUUAUGUUUCACUGUUUCGUAUGUGUGUCGAUCAUUCUUGCUGGGGAUUGCUGUGUUGUAGUUAUUUAUGUACUUUUUCUUGCUGAAAAGUAUUUUUGAUGAGCAUUUAAGGAAUAGUUUACACACAUUGGGCCGAAUUUACAUAGCCUGUUUAUAUCUUACACAUGUCAAUACAUACAUUUACUAUGCUUAAGCACCUGUGUUGAAGAAAAACAGGCUGCGUAAAUUUUGUCCAGGUUGUUUCAGUGUUGUGUGUCACAUGUAUGAAGAAAUGUGCCAUUGGUUUUGUUUUUUUAAAUUAUAUUCCAUAUAAGAGUUAAUUGAUUAUGAAUGAUAUAUACAGACUCUGUCUGUAAUAACAAAUUACAUAUACAGGCUAAGUCUGUGAUGACAGGUUGUGAAUUAAUGUGAAACUGCUGAUUGAAAAAAGAGAAAUAAAUUAAAGUAAAAGAUUAUUACAAGCGAAAUAUUGAGACUGGGUCCACAGUGGCAGGUUGAGAGAAAUUAAAUAUUCAGACUGGGUCAACAGUAGUAACUUGUCUGAUCAAUCUGAAACGGUCAUUUCUGUUGGAGCUAUUUGAAUAGAUUUUUGCCUUAACUGCCAUUGCAUUAAAAAAAAUGCCUGCUCUAACCCCACCCCUUAAUAAUUUUCUUUGAAGAUGAAGAUUGUUUGAAUAACUCCUGUCGCUAUGGUUACACUUUGAUAUCAAUGUAUGGCCAGUCACCAAGUUUGAAUGUUAUUGAGAUGUGAGCAGUAAGUUGAAAAUUAACAUAAAAACCUUUUUCUUUUUUUUUUCUUUUUCUUUUUUUUUGCUAUUUGAUCACUCAAUUACAGUGUGACAUUACAAACAAAACGUUAAGAAUGAGUCCAUAAUUGUGAGCAUUUAUUUUAAGUUAUUUGAUAAAGGUUUCAAAAAGAUCCCUGUUUUUAUUAAAUAUUCCACACACUACACGUCAGUACAAAUAUAUUCACACUGAAAUCCAUGUUUAUAGGCAUUAAUAUCAGAUCUGAUUCUUUUUUUUUUUUUCUUUUUUUUACAUUUUUCAUUUCAACAUUUCAUUACUACAAGUAACACUGUGAACUGGCCUUUAGUAACAUUUUUAAAAAGUCAUUGCAACAUACUGAAGUUUUCUACCUUUCAUUACUUCAAGUAACACUGUGUGAUCAUCUUGAUCAUCUUGUAUAAAACCAACUGUCAAUUCAUUAUGUUUAAAUGAUAUUGUAACAGUAUUUUGUGAAAACCUUUCGUUAGUAAAUGUUGUACUGGCGAAAGUAUAGAAAAGGUUAUGUUUAUAAUAGAAAUGUUUGUACAAGGCUCUAAAGUCGCACUACCAACAUUAACAUGGGAUUCCGAGCAAAUGAAGUUCAAUUAUUCAUAUGCAAUAUUUUUAAUAAUCUAUUUCUGUAAUGUUAUUUAAUUUUAAUAAUAUUUAAUAAUUAUAUCGGUGUUGUUACAGAUAAAUGUUUUGGUGGGGUUUUUUGGUUUGGUUUUUUUUCUCAGUUUAUUUGGUUUUUGUUCUGUUGGAUAUAAAUUAAAAAUUCUUGUAAAACUGUUAAAUGUAUUAACUCUAUGAGAGUGGAUCAGAACGUUUGUGGCCACAACUAGAAAAUCUUAUUAUUUAUAUGUUAUUUUUUAAUAUAAUAUCCUCUUACUUCAAAGGGCGGAAAGUAGCCCAGUAGUAAAGCGCUUGUCAAAUGCAUAGUCUGUCUAGGCUCGAUCCUCGUCGGUGGGCUCAUUGGGCUAUUUCUCAUUCCAACCAGUGCAUCACGAUUGGUAUAUCAAAGGCCGUGG